UGUGGCCACCAAGGACAGGAGAGGAGACAAGACCAUGUGGCAGUUCCCUGCUCUGCUCCUCCUCUUCCUCCCAGGCUGCUGCACUGCUCAGGAUCCAGUCACAGGUCCAAAGAAGGUGAGCGGUCAGGAGCAGGGCUCCUUGACAGUGCAGUGCCGAUACACCUCAGACUGGAAGGAAUACAAUAAAUACUGGUGCCGAGGAGCUGUUCCGAGUAUAUGUCAGUUUCUCAUUGAAACGGAUACACCAGAGCAGUUGGUGGAGAAGGACCGUGUGUCCAUCAGAGACGACCAGACAGACUUCAUCUUCACAGUGACCAUGGAGGAUCUGAGGAUGAGCGAUGCUGGCAUUUACUGGUGUGGAAUUAUGGGGACUAGAUAUGAUCCCGUGUUUAAAGUUAAAGUGAACAUUGACCCAGCCCCAGAAAGUUCAUUUAUGACCACCACAGCCACAAUUCUGACAUCCACACCACCAACCGUCGGGAACACUGGCAAGGAGCAAGUGACUUUGAGCAGUCCCCACACCAGGUCCCUGCUAAGCAGCAUCUACUUCCUGCUGAUGGUCUUUGUGGAGUUGCCUCUGAUCCUGAGCAUGCUCAGUGCUGUCCUCUGGGUGAACAGGCCUCAGAGAUGCUUUAGGGGAGGUGAAACUGAUCUGGUUAAAACCCAUAGUCCUGUUGCCUAGGAUAGAGAGAGGAACACUUCCCAGAAUAUGGAAAAUAAUCUCUGUGUGUCUGUUGUCUCUGUCU